CCUUCACGAACUUUCCCAAUCUCUCUCUCUAACUUUUUCUCUCUCUAAAACGCGCUCCCUCUCCCAUAUAAUUUUCGGCUCCUUUAACCCUAAUCAGCUCGCAGCAGCAGCAGCAGAAGAAGAAGAAGAAAUGAGCGAUUUCGGAGACCCCGACAAUGAACUCCCCCGCGUGAGCUACUCGGGCCCGAGGGACUACGCCCUAGGCGGGCGGAUCAUGCUCAGCGCCAUCAUCAUCCUCUUCUUCGUCGUGCUCCUCAUGGUCUUCCUCCACCUCUACGCCCGCUGGUACCUCCUCCGCUCCCGCCGCCGCCGCCAGUUCCUCCGCCGCAACCGCCACAACCGACGCACCCACCUCGUCUUCUACGUCGAGCCCGUCCCCGCCGCGUCCCGGGGCCUCGACUCCACCGUCCUCAGGGCCCUCCCCGUCUUCAACUACUCGGCCGCCGACGGCCGCCGUGAGCCGCUCGAGUGCGCCGUCUGCCUGUCCGAGUUCGAGAAGGGCGAGAAGGCCCGCCUCCUCCCGAAGUGCGGCCACAGCUUCCACAUCGACUGCAUUGACAUGUGGUUCCAGUCCCACUCCACGUGCCCCCUCUGCAGAUCGCCCGUCGAGCCGGUUGAGUCGCCCGAAGCCAAGUCCGAACCGGCAGCGUCCGUAUCCGUGUCCGUGCCCGAUCCCGAUCCGUGCUCCGGCCUCUGCGCUGAGUGCCAGUGCGAUGAAUCCGUGACAGCUCGGCCCGGUCCCUCCAGCUCCCGGAGGAAGCCGCAGGAGCUCGUCGGCGUGUCAAUAGAGGUGCCGAGGAGGACAGAAUUCGACGACGAAUCAAGCUGCGAUUCGUCGGCGAGUCAGUACAGAUCUCCGAUGAGCCGUAUGCUGUCGUUCAGGAGGAUCCUCAGCAGAGACCGGAGGGGAAGCGUCUCGCCGUCGGCGGCGAGCUGCGCGGCGGCCGACCUGGAUCUCGAGCGAGGGAGGGAGGAGACUCAUCAGCAGCAGGGCUAAACUCGGGUCCCCGACUCACUGAGCCCGCGCCUGUCCACGUGGCAGUUAACUCGUUGAAAAUGUCCUGUAAAGAAGAGGAGAUAUCAACCGACGUGUUGAGGUCUCGAGUUCGCAGAAAAUCCAUUCACACCGAAGAAGAGGAGACAUUCCGGAAGGGGUGUCAGCAAUGGGGCCCGGUUAUCGAGGUUAAUGCUUGACAAGUUGGCCGACACGUGGCAAAUCAUAGUGUGUGUAGAUCCGUGGCAGCCCUCGAUGACCGAGAAAUAUUUGACCUGUGUAUAAUAAAUCAGAAGUUGAAAAGUAUUUAUUUUAUUUUAUUUUUUUGUUAUGGUAAUUUCUACGUUUGUAUGUUCAUUCCGUCCUUUAAUUGAAAGGAGGGGAUAUUUUGAGGAUUUUUUUUAAACCUUACUAGCAGCCUACAGAUUUACAGCGUGUUUAAUUUGCAAGUAAUAUUUUAAAAUUAAAUUUUAAUUUUGAAAAAAAGUGAUAUAAAUGAUUAUGUAUGAAGUUCACUUUUU